CUCCCGGAAGUGGCCGGACCCGAAGCGCAGGCCGAGCGGACCUGUGUCAGCCCGUCAGUCCGCCCGUCCGGUACCCCGCGCGCCUCAGCCUUCGUCGCCGUCCCGCGGUCCCUUUGGCCCGAAGGGCGGCCGAGGCGCUCGCCAUGGCGACGUUCGUCUCAGUGCAGCUGAAGAAGACCUCGGAGGUAGACCUGGCCAAGCCGCUGGUGAAGUUCAUCCAGCAGACGUACCCAAGCGGCGGGGAGGAGCAGGCCCAGUACUGCCGCGCGGCGGAGGAGCUCAGCAAGCUGCGCCGCGCCGCGCUCGGCCGCCCGCUGGACAAGCACGAGGGCGCGCUCGAGACGCUGCUGAGAUACUAUGAUCAGAUCUGUUCCAUUGAACCCAAAUUCCCAUUUUCUGAAAACCAGAUCUGCUUGACAUUUACCUGGAAGGAUGCUUUUGAUAAAGGUUCACUUUUUGGAGGAUCUGUAAAAUUGGCUCUUGCAAGCCUAGGAUAUGAAAAGAGCUGUGUGUUGUUCAAUUGUGCAGCCUUAGCUAGCCAGAUUGCAGCGGAACAGAACCUGGAUAAUGAUGAAGGAUUGAAAAUUGCUGCUAAGCAUUAUCAGUUUGCUAGUGGUGCCUUUUUGCAUAUUAAAGAGACGGUUUUAUCGGCCUUGAAUAGAGAGCCUACUGUGGACAUAUCUCCAGAUACCGUUGGGACUCUCAGUCUUAUCAUGCUGGCACAGGCCCAAGAAGUAUUUUUUUUAAAAGCCACAAGAGAUAAAAUGAAAGAUGCUAUCAUAGCUAAAUUGGCUAAUCAGGCUGCAGAUUAUUUUGGUGAUGCUUUUAAACAGUGUCAGUACAAGGAUACUCUCCCCAAGGAGGUGUUCCCUGUCUUGGCUGCAAAGCACUGUAUCAUGCAGGCCUAUGCUGAGUACCACCAGUCUAUCCUGGCAAAACAGCAGAAGAAAUUUGGAGAAGAGAUUGCAAGGUUACAGCAUGCGGCAGAAUUGAUUAAAACAGUGGCAUCUCGCUAUGAUGAAUAUGUCAACGUGAAGGAAUUUUCUGACAAAAUCAACCGUGCCCUUACUGCAGCAAAGAAGGAUAAUGACUUCAUUUAUCAUGAUCGAGUUCCAGACCUUAAAGAUCUAGACCCUAUUGGCAAAGCCACACUUGUGAAAUCUACGCCAGUCAGUGUACCCAUCAGCCAGAAAUUCACUGAUCUGUUUGAGAAGAUGGUUCCUGUGUCAGUGCAGCAGUCUUUGGCUGCCUGUGGUCAGAGGAAAGCUGAUUUAGUUAACAGAUCAAUUGCUCAAAUGAGAGAAGCCACCACUUUGGCAAAUGGGGUAUUAGCUUCACUUAAUCUUCCAGCAGCAAUUGAAGAUAUAUCUGGAGAUACUGUACCUCAGUCUAUACUGACUAAGUCCACAUCUGUGAUUGAACAGGGAGGCAUCCAGACUAUUGAUCAGUUGAUCAAAGAGCUACCUGAACUUCUACAAAGAAAUAGAGAAAUCCUAGAUGAGUCAUUAAGACUGUUGGAUGAGGAAGAAACAACUGACAAUGAUUUAAGAGCAAAAUUCAAGGAACGCUGGCAAAGGACACCAUCCAAUGAACUCUAUAAACCCUUAAGAGCAGAGGGAGGCAACUUCAGAACUGUUUUGGAUAAAGCUGUGCAAGCAGAUGGACAGGUGAAAGAGCGUUACCAGGCUCACCGGGACACCAUUGCACUUCUGUGUAAGCCGGAGCUGGAGCUGAACGCUGCCAUCCCGUCUGCUAACCCAGCAAAGACCAUGCAGGGCAGCGAGGUUGUAAAUGUCUUAAAAUCCUUACUGACAAAUCUUGAUGAAGUAAAGAAGGAAAGAGAGGGGCUGGAGAAUGACCUGAAAUCAGUGAAUUUUGACAUGACGAGCAAAUUUUUGACUGCUCUGGCUCAAGAUGGUGUGAUAAAUGAAGAAGCUAUUUCUGUUACUGAACUGGAUCGAAUCUAUGGGGGUCUUACAACUAAAGUCCAAGAAUCUCUAAAGAAACAAGAAGGACUUCUUAAAAAUAUUCAGGUCUCACACCAGGAAUUUUCAAAAAUGAAACAGUCUAACAAUGAAGCUAAUUUAAGAGAAGAAGUUUUGAAGAACUUAGCUGCUGCGUAUGACAACUUUGUUGAACUUGUAGCUAAUUUGAAGGAGGGCACAAAGUUUUACAAUGAGCUGACUGAAAUACUCAUCAGGUUCCAGAACAAAUGCAGUGAUAUAGUGUUUGCACGGAAGACAGAGAGGGAUGAACUCUUAAAGGACUUGCAACAAAGCAUUGCCAGAGAACCUAGUGCUCCUUCAAUUCCUACACCUGCGUAUCAGUCCUCUCCAGCAGGGGGACACACGCCAACGCCUCCAACUCCAGCACCGAGAACCAUGCCGCCUCCUAAGCCCCAGCCCCCAGCCCGGCCUCCACCUCCUGUGCUUCCAGCAAAUCGAACUCCUCCUGCUACUGCUCCAGCUCCAGCUCCAGCUCCAGCGAGCACUGGGACCACUGCACCAGCUCCAUCACAAACUCCUGGUUCAGCUCCCCCUCUGCAGGCCCAGGGGCCCCCAUACCCCACCUAUCCAGGGUAUCCCGGGUAUUGCCAGAUGCCCAUGCCCAUGGGCUAUAAUCCUUACGCGUACGGCCAGUAUAAUAUGCCAUAUCCGCCAGUGUAUCACCAGAGCCCUGGACAGGCUCCGUACCCAGGACCCCAGCAGCCUUCAUACCCCUUCCCUCAGCCCCCACAGCAGCCUUACUAUCCACAGCAGUAGUGUGUCAGCUCAGAAGCUCAGCUGGUUCAGCUCAGAGGGAAAGAAAUACCAACCCUGCAAUAAGUGUACUAAACCCUACGCUCUGGUUAAUAUAACGUACUCUGAUGUACUGAGUGCAGUGUGUAAUUUCUGUCUGCGGCUAGAAGCUGUGCCCCAGUUCCACAUUUGAUUGCACAUGGGCCAUUUGCUGCUGUUGCAGUAUAAAGACUAAGUGUAAUAGGACUUGAAAUAAAUUACAUUACAGUUCAUAAAAGUUGAAAAUGAGAAAUUAAACCCACAAGUGAAACGUUUGAAAUUAUUAUACUUAGUUCUACAUAAGACAUUAUUGGAACAUCAGAGGCUUACAAUGAUGAUUUUAGUACUGAUACUCAAGAAAACUAAGUUCUCUUUCUCUUUUGGUUUAUUGAUUUGGUUU